AUGAUUAGCACGAUUUUAUUACAGUUAAAUAAGUACCGACGUAAAGUUGGAAAUUCCAAUGUUCGUCCUCAGGGGUUAUAUUCAGAAGGUGAAGUGGAUUUCUUUAAGACGAUGAUGCAAAACAUGUUGCCCGUCAUGCCAAUGAAGACUAAAAACUACUGGUCGCAGUACGACACGAGUUUCGAGUGCGAAAAAUGCAAGAGGAAAUAUAGGCACAAGAGUACUUAUAAGCGGCACGUUACAUAUGAAUGCGGCAAAGAACCUAUGUUUAGAUGUCCAUUCUUGGAAUGUAAUUACAAGGCCUACCAAAAAACUCACACAGAUGCUCACAUCAAAACGAAACAUAAAUUAACAGCUUUAGAGUAUACAUGUUGA